UGCGUUGAUGUGAUUUAAGUGUCCGGUUCUUCACAGAUCAGAGGCUCAACAGUCCCCCAGCUGCCGUUAGGGGCCGCUGGUCUGACUCUGAGCGGGCUGGAAGCUUCCACAAGCCGGAAGAUCACAACCAGCGAGGAGGGGAUGGAGAUAGACUGCGAGGAACCCAUCGUCUCUUCAUUCGAUGAGGACUGUGUGGUGCUCGGUGACGUCAAGGACAUGAGAUUGGAAGCGGAAGCGGUGGUCAACGACGUACUUUUUGCCGUGGCUGAAAUGCACGUGUCACAGAGUCUCAACAGCGCGUCAGAUGUAGCCUACAUAAACGUGGAGACAAGAGAGGGAACCCGGUACUGUCUGGAGCUCACAGAGGCAGGACUAAGGGUGGUGGGCUAUGCCUUCGAUCAGGUGGACGAGGAUUUGAGCACCCAGUAUCACGAGACUGUUUACUCGCUUCUGGACACGCUGAGUCCGGGUUACAGAGAAGCCUUUGGGAACGCUCUGCUCCAGCGACUGGAGAGGCUCAAGCAAAACGGACAAUAAAAAAAAAAAAAGGACCCAGAUGCUGCAUUACAAGUGGAAUGAUGAUGUGGGUGUAUUUGGAUAUGAGCCAAUAAUAAGCAAGUCUGCUCAAAUAUUAUAGCCUAUUAUGUGACGUCCACCUGCCUAGCUACCACUACAAUAAGGGGCCCCUCGCCCUAUCGACUCUGCUUUGUUCUGACUCUCAUAUCAUUGAAAAAUGUCAUUUUAGUUACUUUAGUGACUGCUAGGGAUUGGCUGUAUGGGACCUGUUGCAACAUGGUGUUGUUGACUUUACUGUGGAAAGAUCUUUCAGCUUCCACGUGUUACAAAUGUGUAACUACGCACAUCGUUUGACAAUUCUGCACCUUUUUGUACUCAUAAAAAUGAUCUGAGAAAGAAGCAGCAGGUUAUAGGAAUCAUUGAUCCAGUUUUCCCUCUCUGCCCUGCUUGCACUGAAGCUGUGACCUGAUAACUGGUAUAUGCUCCAACUGGUUCUUAUUCAGCAAGAGUCUCAGUGAAAGAGCCAAAGCUAUAUCCUUUCAAUUCAUAUACUGCCUUAAUGACACACUUUAGGUUGGAGAAGUACAAGAAAAACCUCAUGUUUUACUUAUUUUGUAUUGACAGAGAUAAAGGUAUUUUGUGGGGCUGACAAUUCACAUGGUUCAGAAGAAAUAUUUGAAAGGCUGACAUUGAAUACAAUACCAAUUAUUAGGCUUAUUGUGUUUAGAUAUUACUUUUUCUCCAUGCGGCAUUGCAACUCAAGCUUGCAUUUGAAGCUUUUGCUGUAAAAGUUAAGCUAUCCUUGGAGGAUCCUUUAAAUAUAUUUUGUUGUGGUUUUGGCUUAAAACUUAGUUAAUUUGUGCAGAAUGCAGCACUUUUGUUUAGUCAAUGAAGACCUCUAGAGCUGCUUUAAAAUCCUGGGUUAUUGUACAUGUGAUCUGGUUAUGAUUUGUUCUUCAGUGUUAUGAAAUCUAUUUUACGAAAACUUGCUACUUUUACAGUCACUGUUAUUCCUCGCUGCUGGCCUUUGCUCAGACCAAUAAAUUCUCAGAACUGUCA